AUGCCAAUUGAUGGAAAAGCUGAUUUCCAGGGGACAAAUAAGUGCAGUGACUUUAUUGAGAUGAAUGAUGAGGUGAAGGACGCAGAGGCGCCUUUGAUCGGAGCAAGACGAGACCCGUCGGGCACCGGCUCUCCCGGUACCUCCGGGCACCGGCAUCUCGGCACCCCCGGCACUGACACCCCCGGCACCGGUAUCUCUGUACCCCCGGGAAUCGGCACCCCCGGCACCGGCAUCCCCGGGAACCAUCAUCUUUGCACCCGACACCGGGACCGAGACCGCGGCACCGCCGGGCACCGACAGCGGGAGCGAAACCCCACGGCACCGAGACCGAGACAUCACCAGGCACCGCACCGGGACCAGCACCGGGACCAGCAGCGGGACAUCGGGCAGCGGCACCUCCGGGCACCGGGACCGAGGCACCCCCGGGCACCGGGACGAAGCCGCUGGGCGCCGAUCGCCGCGAUGCUUCCCGGGGCAGGACCUCUCGCCUUCCUCCUCCGGUGCCUGCUGCUCCUGCUCGGCUCCGAGAGCCGAGCCCGAGCUCGGCCGGAUGUGUUCUGUGACUUCAACGGCAAGAAGUACAGCCCGGGUGAGAGCUGGCACCCCUACCUGGAGCCACAGGGGCUGAUGUACUGCAUCCGCUGCAGCUGCUCCGAGAAUGCCAACAUUAGGUGCUACCGGAUCCAGUGCCCAGCUCUGCAGUGUGCCAGCUCUGUCACAGACCCCCAGCAGUGCUGCCCACGGUGCCUUGAGCCACAUUCCCCUUCUGGCCUGCGGGCACCCAUCAAGUCCUGCCAGUACAAUGGGACAACCUACCAGCAAGGGGAGAUGUUCACCACCAGCGAGUUGUUCCCCAGCCGCCAGCCAAACCAGUGUGUGCAAUGCAGCUGCUCUGAAGGCCAGAUCUACUGUGGCUUGGUGACCUGCCCAGAGCUGUUGUGUUCCUCUCCCCUCACUGUGCCGGAUUCCUGCUGCCAGGUCUGCAAAGAUGGCUCACAUGAGAAGUCCACGGAAGAGGAGCCCCCGCAGUUAAACAGAGGUGUUAGGCACUCACAAGACCAGUGCUUGGGGGAAGCCACGGGCAGGAAGACACCCGGAGCCACCAUGGCCACUGUCCUCAGCUCUUCCCUGGAGUUCAUCCCCAGGAGCUUCAAACCCAAGGGAGGAGGUGGCACCACCGUGAAGAUUGUCUUGAAAGAGAAGCACAAGAAAGCUUGUGUGUACAACGGGAAGACCUAUUCCCAUGGGGAAGUGUGGCAUCCCGUCUUCCGGCUCUACGGCCUCCUGCCCUGCAUCCUCUGCACUUGCAGGGAUGGUGUCCAGGACUGCCAGAAGAUCACCUGCCCCAAGGAGUAUCCGUGUGACCAUCCAGAGAAAGUAGAUGGGAAGUGCUGUAAAAUAUGUCCAGAAACCAAAGUCAAACCCACUGAUGGAACAGCCACCACGCGCUGUGGCAAGAACCCCAACCGCGUCCUGGUGUACAUGUUUGUGCCACCCAGCUCCGAGCCCUCCAAGGAGAUCCUCAGGACGAUCGCAGUCGAGAAGGAGCCUGCAGAAGAGGUGGAAAUCUACAACUGGAAGCUGAUUAAAGGAAUAUUUCAUCUGAUCCAGACCAAGAAGAUCAGCAAACAGGAAUUCAAGCAGGAAUCACAGAACUUCAGACUCAUCACCAGGACGAACGAAGGUCACUGGAACAUCUUCCGAGCCCAGACGUCAGAGCAGCAGAUGACAGAGAGCCCAGAGAAAGAAACAAAGAACUUGUAAUGAGAACAAACUUUAACCUAGCUAUUGAUUUAUCUACACAUCCCAUACACACAUACACCUAUAUAUGAAGUACAAAGCCUCAUUACUCAAUAGACUGGCACAGCAGUAAAGGAUGCACUUGUGUAAACUACAGAACCUCCAGCAAUCGAACCAAACUGAACCACAUGGAAUCACAGCCGUGGAGGUGCCUCUCUCCAGUGGGAGAGCACAAGAGGUUGGCCAUCACCUCCUGAGAUGAAGAGGUUGGAUGUUCAGAGGGAAGAGGAGGGAGAGACGGUGGAGAUGUGAGACCUGGAGCAACAUGCAGAGGUGGGAUACAUCCCUGACAGCCGGCUUUCUGAAGAGCAUUAGGAGCUAGCAGCAAA